AAUCUUUAUCUCCUCACUUACUCCUCGGGGUCUCCGCAUUUUUGCUCUGUCGCUUGUGUUGUCUUCCUUAUCAUUAGAAGCCCUUUCAAAACCCUAUAUCCAUCAAACCAUCAACCGCCGUUUUCAGGAUCUUGAAAGAAAAUGACAUCAUCUUUCAUUGUUGCGUCAUCCAUUGGCUCUCCAGUACUUCCCUACAGUAGGACAAUGGACAAAAAGUUUUUGAGUUCUUCAGGUCGACUAGCAUCAUUUGAUUCUAUCUCCUCAAGUGCCUUUGGAGGCAGGAAACAGAAUGUGAUUUUACAAAGAGGGUGCUCUUCCAAAUUUUGGGCAAUGGCCAAGGAGUUACAUUUCAACAAGGAUGGUUCUGCUAUCAAGAAGCUGCAAACGGGUGUUAACAAGCUUGCAGACCUAGUUGGUGUUACUCUUGGCCCAAAAGGGAGAAAUGUAGUUUUAGAGAGCAAGUAUGGCUCCCCAAAAAUUGUUAAUGAUGGUGUAACUGUUGCUAAGGAGGUUGAGUUGGAGGAUCCUGUGGAGAACAUUGGUGCUAGAUUGGUGAGACAGGCUGCUUCAAAGACCAAUGAUUUGGCUGGUGAUGGAACUACCACAUCAGUUGUUCUUGCACAAGGUUUGAUAACCGAAGGUGUUAAGGUGGUUGCAGCUGGUGCAAAUCCUGUUCAAAUUACAAGAGGUAUUGAAAUCACUACUAAAGCCCUGGUGUCUGAACUUAAGUUGAUGUCAAAGGAGGUUGAAGACAGUGAACUGGCAGAUGUGGCUGCUGUUAGUGCAGGAAACAACUAUGAAGUUGGCAAUAUGAUUGCUGAAGCUAUGGGUAAAGUGGGAAGAAAAGGCAUAGUGACUUUGGAAGAAGGCAGCAGCUCAGAAAAUAGCAUGUAUGUUGUUGAAGGGAUGCAAUUUGACCGUGGUUAUAUCUCUCCUUACUUUGUUACAGACAGUGAGAAAAUGGCUGUUGAAUAUGAAAAUUGUAAGUUACUACUGGUUGACAAAAAGAUAACAAAUGCAAGAGAUCUCAUCCAUGUUUUGGAAGAUGCUAUUAAAGGGGGUUACCCAAUUGUAAUAAUUGCAGAAGACAUUGAGCAGGAAGCUCUUGCUACUCUUGUUGUGAACAAGCUCAGAGGGGCACUUAAGAUUGCUGCUCUGAAAGCCCCUGGUUUUGGGGAGCGUAAAAGUCAAUAUCUUGAUGAUAUUGCUAUCCUCACUGGAGGUACUGUGAUAAGAGAUGAGGUUGGGUUAUCAUUGGAAAAAGCUGAGAAGGAGGUCUUGGGACAAGCUGCCAAAGUGGUGCUCACUAAGGAGACAACUACAAUUGUUGGUGAUGGAACCACACAGGAAGCAGUGAAUAAGAGAGUUACCCAGAUCAAGAACCUUGUUGAGGCAACAGAGCAGGAUUAUGAAAAAGAAAAGCUCAAUGAACGAAUUGCAAAACUCUCUGGUGGGGUUGCUGUCAUUCAGGUUGGAGCACAAACAGAAACAGAACUUAAAGAAAAGAAAUUAAGAGUGGAAGAUGCUCUUAAUGCAACAAAGGCAGCUGUUGAGGAAGGCAUUGUAGUUGGUGGAGGCUGUACCUUAUUGAGGCUUGCAGCUAAAGUUGAUGCUAUAAGACAGACUCUUGACAAUGAUGAACAGAAGGUUGGAGCAGAUAUUGUUAAAAGGGCACUAAGCUAUCCAAUGAAGUUGAUUGCCAAGAAUGCUGGGGUCAAUGGGAGUGUUGUCAUUGAAAAGGUGCUGUCCACUGACAACCCUAACUAUGGUUAUAAUGCUGCAACUGGAAAAUAUGAGGAUCUGAUGGCAGCUGGUAUUAUUGAUCCUACAAAAGUGGUAAGAUGUUGCUUGGAGCAUGCAGCUUCUGUUGCAAGGACAUUCCUCACUUCAGAUGCUGUGGUUGUUGACAUCAAGGAACCUGAACCUGUAGCUGGUGGAAACCCUAUGGAUAAUUCAGGUUAUGGGUACUAAACUACCAUACACGUAGAUCUUGAUGAUCAUUCUCUGGUACUUGUACGGGAAGGGCUGCAUCUGAACCAAGAUUUACUAUCGAACAUAAGCUAUAAAGGCUAAUUUUUUUUUAAAAUCGAGGGAUAAGUCGAGACUUUUGUAGCUUCCAAUCACAGUCUUCAUUCUUGUAGUGAGAUUGGAUUCUUUUUCGCUGAUAAUUAUGAUUGUUGAAGAUGGUAAGGUUACAGUUGCAGAAAAUGCAGGCCUGGCUUCUCUUGUGCUAGCAA